AUGGCCAUGGGGGACACGGGCUGGCUGAGGGACACCAUGGGGGGCACAGCGUGGCUGUGGGAACACAACCUCGCUGGGGACAUCUGCCCCAAGCUGGCCAUGGGCCGGCACCUGGAGGAGAGCACCAAGGCACACCUGGUGUGCGCCCUGGGGACCCGGCAGCGGCAGGAGAUCCUGGAGCUGCGGCGCGACGUGGAGGAGCUGUCGGUGAGCAGCGACGGGACGCUCAUCUGGAAGAUCGCCGACUACGCCCGCAAGCUGCAGGAGGCCAAAGCCCGCAGCAACUACGAGUUCUUCAGCCCCCCUUUCUACACCCACAAGUACGGCUACAAGCUCCAGGUCUCGGCCUUCCUCAACGGCAACGGGAGCGGCGAGAGCAGCCACCUCUCCGUCUACAUCCGCGUGCUGCCGGGCGAGUACGACAACCUGCUGGAGUGGCCCUUCUCCUACCGCGUCACCUUCUCGCUGCUGGACCAGAGCGACCCGUCGCUCUCCAAGCCCCAGCACAUCACCGAGACCUUCCACCCCGACCCCAACUGGAAAAACUUCCAGAAGCCGGGAGCCUCGCGCAGCUCCCUGGACGAGAGCACCCUGGGCUUCGGCUACCCCAAGUUCAUCUCCCACGAGGACAUCAAGAAGCGCAACUACGUGCGGGACAACGCCAUCUUCAUCAAAGCCUCCGUGGAGAUCCCCCAGAAGAUCCUCGCCUGAGCGGGCGCUGGAGAGGACGUGAAUGGGGGCCGGGAGGCUGGGGACAACCCAGAUGGUGCUGAGUCCCUACCCAGCGCGGUGCCCGUGGGGCUCCCAAGGGCCGGGGACGCUGCCACGGCCGGCG